AUGGAGUCUCGGACUGCUAGUUUUCCGGUGAAGUUCAAAAAUGCAAUUAGCUAAAUUUUUGGGUACUAGUCUAAUGGCAAUCCAAUUAGCGAUUGCCUAUGAUUUGUGCGCAGAUCAAAGCUUUGGAAAUAAAGUAGCGGACCUAGAGGAUUCUCGUGCAUACAUAACAUGCCUCGGCAUACUGGGACAAAUUAAAAAUAUCUGCGCUGAGGGAUUUCGUUUCAGUGGACAAGAACAAACGUGCAUAGUGGAGAAAAACUCGAAAGGAGUGCAAGCAAAAGAUGCAGAAAAUAUAUUCAAUAUCAAUCAAAAUAUAACGAUGGAUAGGCCAAUUAUUUUUAACAUUUUAGGAUUAGUUUUAAAAAAGUCUGAGACGCCUAAGCCACCUAUGCCAUUGCCACCUUCAACAAGUAAACCAUUGACACCAGAGCAGACUGAACCUACAACGUCAUUGUCCACACAACAACCAUCUGAAAAUGAUAGUUCCAGCACCGAAACUGCAACUACACCCGAUGAAUUCAGUUCAACCAGUCCAUCUGAAAUUGAAAGCACAAUUUCAACUACUUCAUUGUCAACUGACUCAACUCUGACAACUAGUAUUGGAGAUGAUUCUUCGACCUCUCAAAGUCAGUCAGUUUCUACUUCAUCAACUGAUUCGACCCCAGACACAACCAACAGGUCUUCAGAAAGCAGUACAGCUGAAGACGUGACUAUUAGUUCCAUAGGUUCUACAUCUACGGAGGUACCGCCUGACAGUUCCACAACAAGUGACAGUACGAGCACCGAAAUUGUUUCAGUAUCUACAACUACACCCGAUGAAUUCAGUUCAGCCAGUCCAUCUGAAGUAGAAAGCACAAUUUCAACUACUUCAUUGUCAACUGACUCAACUCUGACAACUAGUAUUGGAGAUGAUUCUUCGACCUCUCAAAGUCAGUCAGUUUCUACUUCAUCAACUGAUUCGACCCCAGACACAACCAACAGGUCUUCAGAAAGCAGUACAGCUGAAGACGUGACUACUAGUUCCAUAGGUUCUACAUCUACGGACGUUCUGCCUGGGAGUUCUACAACAAGUGAGAGUACGAGCACUGAAGACACUACGGCGGAAUACACUUCAAGCUCUGAAAGUCAGUCUGAUACCGAAACCACUUCGAUUAUUCCAAGCUUAACGACUGUUUGCGACUAGUUCGUGACACCACUGAUAAAUCUUUAAGAAAUAAACCUAUUAAUUGUA